AUGUUGUAUACGUUCUUUCUUUUCCUUUUUAAUUCCUUUUCUUUUUUUCUGUCUUUCUUUUUCUUUCUUACUUUAUCUUUCUUUCGUUUCUUGUUGUCUAAAUUCCUUCUUUCUUUCGUUCUUUCUUUUUUGAUUUUCUUUCAUUCUUUCCCUGCCAACAUUUAUUUGUAUUCAUUCUCCUUCCUUCCUUCCUUCCUUCCUUCCUUCCUUCCUUCCUUUAUCUAUCACUUCCCCCUUUUCUCCUCUUACUUCACGAUCAUUCUUCUUAUUUCAAAUCCUUCCUUUCUUCCACUGUUUUUCCUUUCUAUUAUCUAUACUUCUCCCCCUUUUCUCCUCUUCCUUCACACGCGAUCUUCUUCUCUAUUUUGUAUCCUUUCUAGCCUUCCUUCCUUCCUUCCUUCCUCACUCCUUUCCUUCCCUCCUCCCUUCCUCCCUCUCACCCUUCCUUCCUUCCUUCCUUCCUUCCUUUAUCUAUCACUUCCCCCUUUUUUCUCCUCUUCCUUCACACGCGAUCUUCUUCUCUAUUUUGUAUCCUUCCUUCCUUCCUUCCUUCCUUCCUUCCUUCCUUCCUUCCUUCCUCCUUUCCUUCCUUCCCCUUCCUCCCUUCCUCCUCUUUCAAUUCCCUUCCUUCCUUCCUUCCUUCUUCCUUCCUUUAUCUAUCCUCCUCCCCUUUUCUCCUCUUCCUUCACACGCGAUCUUCUUCUCUAUUUUGUAUCCUUUCUAGCUUUCCUUCCUUCCUUCCUCACUCCUUUCCUUCCCUCCUCCCUUCCUCCCUCUCACCCUUCCUUCCUUCCUUCCUUCCUUUAUCUAUCACUUCCCCCUUUUCUUCUCUUCCUUCACACGCGAUCUUCUUCUCUAUUUUGUAUCCUUUCUAGCCUUCCUUCCUUCCUUCCUUCCUUCCUUCCUUCCUUCCUUCCUCACUCCUUUCCUUCCCUCCUCCCUUCCUCCCUCUCACCCUUCCUUCCUUCCUUCCUUCCUUCCUUUAUCUAUACUCCUCCCCCUUUUCUCCUCUUCCUUCACACGCGAUCUUCUUCUCUAUUUUGUAUCCUUUCUAGCCUUCCUUCCUUCCUUUUUGUUUUCCAAUUAAUUAAUUUCUUCUUCUCUUUUAUGUUACGUUUAUUUUUUCUUAACUUCAUUUUCUACCUCACUUUUCGUAUUUCUACCUUCUCCCCUACUGACUGUCUAUCUGUUUCUCUCUCUCUCUCUCUCUCUCUCUCUCUCUCUCCCUCUCUUACGCUGACUUUUGUCAUUAGGCCCUUUCUCCGCUGCUGCCCAUUCUUUAUCUCAUUCUGCCCUGUUCUUUACUGCAUUUGUUGUUUUACGUUCAAUAUUUCAUUUUCUUUUUUGCUUCUUUCAAUUCCUUCAUUUCUAUCCCUUUUUUUUUUAAUUCUUUUCAUUACAAACGUAUUGGAAUUUUUCAUCGACAUUCAUUUUCUUGCCAACCCCAUAUCACCCGAUGACCUGCGUCACUCCAUAGCUCCAUCGCAUCAUUUUUUAUUGAUACGUCUCCACUAUCACCGACCGAACAUGAAUCUUUCUUUUUUCUUUCUGUUUAGUUCAAACUUCCCCAAUUCCCCGGAUAUUUGUGAUUAUCUCAGGUCUUUUCUUUCACAGCUUUCUUACCACUCACAUAUCUAUCUAUCUAUCUAUCUAUCUAUCUAUCUAUCUAUCUAUCUAUCUAUCUAUCUAUCUCAUUCUGUUCAUAUCUAUCUAUCUAUCUAUCUAUCUAUCUAUCUAUCUAUCUGUUGUGUUUGUUCAUUAUCUAUCUAUCUAUCUAUCUAUCUAUCUAUCACAGUUUGUUCAUUAUCCAUCUAUCUAUUGCGGUUUGUUAAUUAUCUAUCUAUCUAUCUAUCUAUCUAUCUAUCUCAUUCUGUUCAUUAUCUAUCUAUCUAUCUAUCUAUCUAUCUAUCUAUCUAUCUAUCUAUCUAUCUAAUUCAAUUUAUUCAUUAUUUAUCUACUUUUUCAUUAUCUAUAUAUCUAUCUAUCUAUCUAUCUAUCUAUCUAUCUAUUUCAUUUGUUUUAUUAUCUAUCUAUCUAUCUAUCUAUAUAUCUAUCUAUAAAUCUCAUACUACUGUUCCUUAUCUAUCUAUCUAUCUAAUCUAUCUAUCUAUCUAUAACAUGAGAGGCAUUAUCUAUCUAUCUAUCUAUCUAUAA